CAAAUCUUACACCUGCCGAUAAGAUUUGCUAACUUUAUCACUUCAACUAAAGCUUAUCGACCCCGAAUACUUAUGACGUCUUCUCUCGAUAUAGCUCCAAGAUGGCAGUGGCAACGGGGGAUCUGGCAACGUGAACAGUGCAAAAGUUUCCACGCGUCGAGCACUUCUCGGCCGAUCCGUGCAUUUCGACGCUGGACAUGACUCAGAUCAAGACGGGCGCUGAUCUCUCCAUCAAGCAGGACUGUCUAGAAGUAGAACACCGUCAAGCCUCGCUACCCGACGACGAAGCCGCCGAAGUUGUAGACGACAAGAAUGUCGUCGUACUCGCAACUAACGAGUUGACGCCCGUACCGGACGUCACAAGCGUCGCAGUGGAUGACGCCGUCCACGUCUUGACGAAGAGUUCGGACUGGCAGCAACUGUACGAGGCUGUCGUGAUGUUGCGCCGCGUCGUCGUGCAUCACAGCCAAGUGAUCACGACCAAGCAGGUCGAAGAGCUCCUCCGUCCUCUCGCACUCGAGUGCGACAGUCUCCGAUCGGCUCCCUCCAAAAAUGCUCUGCUGGCAUGUGCCGAAUGCUUCGAGUUCCUGCCCCGGUCGAUUCAGGAGCGUGCGUUGCUCGGUGGCGCUCGCCCAGAGAUGAUCGACGUGCUAUUACGUCGAUCUGUCUGUGAGAAGAAAUUCCUACGCGAUGCUGCCUUGAUCGCAGUACAGAAGCUGGCUACCCACCUCGCUGGGAUGCCGCUUCUAGCAGCAGUAGCCCGGUACGGCACUAACAAGAACGGCAAAUUGUGUGGCACGGCUGCGAAGAUCAUAGCGUUGAGCCUGGAUCGCUUACUGAAAGACCAACAGACGUUGCCUCACAAAGGCUGCGAGCCCUUAAAGGCUGUGUAUCGCGCUCUGGCAGCAUUCCGUGAGAGCAAGGACGCAACUGCACGAACCGAGGCGACUACAAGUUUCCAACGCUUAAGUGAGUUGCUGGGCACCCAAGCGCUCGAGAGCAGCUUGAAGGAAGCAUUGCCGGGUGCAGGACAAGCUGGAGUAAUCGCUCGUAUCCUCAAAGACGCCUCUGCUAAGACCGGCGUCACGAAACCUCGAGCUCAAGUGAGAUCGUUGCGAGAUAGAGUGCGCCAGGAUACUAACAGUCGUACUGGAACCGUAACAAUAAAAUAGGGCAACUCUAAUACAAAACACUGUAUUCCUGUUGAUACGCUAACUAAGC